AUGGGUCGCCAAGCUGACCCUGCGUCAUCGUCGCACUCACUACAUUCUCUUGACGACGCCCCUCCUCCAUACACCGAUGACCCCGAACCCAUUCCCGCCCCUUUCCAGUCUGUCCAACCUGUCCAGUCUGUGCAGCCUCCCACAGGCAUCCGAUCCCUGCGUCUCAUCGACUCAGCCUAUGUCCUCCCGGGCGGCAUAGGUGUCAAACCUCACGAUGAGGUCUCUCUUACCCUCGAACCAGCGCUCUCAAGCGACAGCGACGAGCUCUACAAUGUCAUCCGCCAACAAAUAAAGCUGCCGCCACGGCCGCUACUUCACAUCCACGGCACUCAUAGCGAAUCAAGUAAUGAUUCCAACAAAGAAAACAAGGAUAGGAGCAGCACCGUCACAGACUUUCAGUUCAGACUGGAUCUGGCCGAGACAAUGCUGACCGGCUGGGAGGGUGGAUACAUGGGCGCGAACUGGCGGGAAAUUGAAAUCCUCACAGAUGAGGACCUCAAACCGGCGUAUCGGGGAGGAAUCCUCCGCUCGACGGCGUACCAGUCGCCCACGUCGCGUCCUGCUAUCAGUCUCGGGGAAGACAGCGAUGCCCUCCUAGCCCAAGAUAACACAGAUGAGGAUCAUAGCUCUCCAGAUGCGAAAAACCUCAGGAUGUGGUGCAAGCGUUUCUGUGACGACCCCGCGCCUGUAAAAUCGUGUGUUCCGCCCCCUACUUGUGCACAGAAUACACUGCUAAUCCCGAUUUAUCCAUACAGAUUCACUGUGCAUCGCAAAGUCGCCGGCUUCGACUCCAACGCUAUGCGCAACGUCCUCACCUCCCACAUUCGCGAACUCAACUACCGUGGCUCCCUCAGCUUCAGUCUCUCCACUGCCCACCGCUCCGUCACAGUCUACUCCCCGCACUGGAUUAAUGAGCUCCGCACGAACCGCUUCGUCUGGUGGGCGGUCGUGAUUCUCCAGCUUUGGAUUAUCACCUGGCCGAUUAUCUUCUUCAUGGAGAAGAGGUACGAAGUCGUCCACACGCGCUGGAAUGCAUCGCUUAUACCGGAGUCCGACUCUCCGCUGGCUAAGUGCUACGCGUUUGGUCGUGAUGAGUCUCAUCUGGCAGAGUAUUGGGCUCCGGCUGUUAAGCAGGCGGCGUGGACGCGACGACGGGGUGAAGGUAAUCUUUUGACAAGGAUGGAUGCGGAUCGCUUGCAAGGUUAUAGUACGCAGCAGCUGCUAGGCCUUCGCACCGCUUCUUCAGAUACUGAGCUCGAUCGCCGACAGCGGGUGGCUAAUGGUGAUGCUGGGUUUGUUGAUAAUAUUGUAGGUCUGGUGAGAGGGAUUGGAGAGGCUAGGGAGGAUUGGAGGCUUUCUGCUGGAUGGGGUGCUAACUGUUAA